GACUUAUCCAUACCUCAGUCACCGCUCCAGAUACAAGUCUAAAACAUUUCAAUCUUCAUCUGAAAACACUCUGAUUGGGUACAUAUCAACCUGUAUUACAGUAUGAGUGGUUUAAUGCUCUUCCCAAGUUCAUCCCACAUAGCCGUGGUUGCCAUUGAUUUUGGAACAACAUACAGUGGCUUUGCUUUUGCCUUUAACCACAACGAAGGCGAAGGAGGGAUCCAUAUGAACAGAAAAUGGGGUUAUGAUCAAGGUACUGCAACGCUCAAAACUCCGACCUCUCUACUAUUACGUCCGGAUGAGGAGUUUGACUCGUUUGGGUACGAAGCAGAAGAGAAAUAUGCCAACUUUCUUUACGGGGAAGAUCGAGAAUAUUUGUACUUCAAACAUUUUAAAAUGGCACUUCACAAAUCAGAGACUUUAGAUCGGAAUACCAAAUUAACGGCUAGGAAUGGAAGGAAGGUCGACGCUCUGGUAGUAUUCUCGCAGUCGAUACGAUACCUCAAAGAUCGAGCUAUCGAAAUUAUCCGCGAGAGAACUGGAGACGACAGGUACAGUGCCAAAGAUACUCAGUGGGUUAUAACGGUACCCGCCAUUUGGAAACCCGCGGCAAAGCAGUUCAUGAGGGAAGCUGCAUAUCAGGCUGGAAUUGCAUCAUCUGAUGAUCCUGAACAGCUGCUUAUCGCCUUGGAACCAGAAGCAGCGUCUGUAUAUUGCCGUGAAAAAAAGAUGAGAGACUUCGCCAGUGAGAGAGGUGACGCAAAUGUAUCUGACGUCUUUGCGCGGCCUGGAUCAAGAUACCUAGUAAUUGAUAUCGGAGGUGGAACUCUCGACGUGACAGCUCAUGAGAUUUUAACAAAUGGGAAUAUUAAGGAAAUUUAUAAAGUGACCGGAGGACCAUACGGUGGAAUAAAGGUUGACAAAGAAUUUGUGUCCCUGCUUGAGAGGUUCUUUGGAACCUCGUUAGUGCAGACUUUCCGUACUAACAAUCCAGCAGAAUGGCUAGAAAUGAUGAACGAAUUUGAAAUGAAAAAGAGAGGACGCCGAGCUUUUGAAGGUGAAACAACGAGGAUCCGCAUCCCCCGUGCCUUUGCAACAUUGGUCUCAGAAUACCGUGACCCUGACCUUGCCAGAAGAUUCGCAAGUUCCUGUACAACUGAUGACGUCCAAUUCAUUAGGAAUGAGUACUUCUGUUUAGGACCUGCCGCCAUGAGAAAGUUAUUUCAGCCAGUCUUGAAUGGAAUUGUGAACCACCUCAACAACCUGCUUCAGCAUCCCGUACUCCAAGGACUGCAAUUUUUCUUCCUCGUCGGAGGCUUUGCCGAAUCAGAAAUACUUCAGGAGGCAAUCAAGAAAAAAUUUAGCACACGGUGUAGAAUUUUAGUUCCAAAUGACGCAAGUAUUGCCGUUAUGCAGGGAGCAGUGAUGUUUGGUCAAAAGCCUAACAUAAUCGAUUCCAGAAUUAUGUCUACAACGUAUGGCUUUGACACAAACCGUCCCUUUGACAAUAAAGUGCACCCUCUCGAGAAAAGGCAUGUUGUUGAAGGGGUUGCUUGGUGUAAAGAUUGCUUCGUCCUUCUCGUGAAGGAGAAUGAAAUCGUACAAGUUGGCGAAAAGAGAAGUUUUCCAAAUUACCAGCCGCUAGAAAAAAGCCAAACGGCAGUCGAUUUCAAAUUUUACAACUCCAGUAAUCCAGAAGCAAAGUACACAACAGAUCCUGCGGUCGGUCCUUCUAUAGGGAGGGUUACCGUCCAGUCACCUGAUGUCUCAAAGGGAACGGACCGAAAUAUUGAUGUAUGCGUGACGUUUGGAGGUACAGAGAUUAAAGUCACCGCGAUCGACAAAACCAGCGGGAAGACCGCCACGGCAUAUCUAGACUUUUUGUGUGAAAAGGCGUCAAGCUACAUGUAGGUAGGCCAUAUAAGAGUUGCCUAUUUGGACUUCAAGUAUGACAAUUAAAUUCUGUAGUGUACAUGUGAUUGUUAGUAAUCAAUUUUUUUUUGCGAAUGUUAGCAUCAUAAACGGAAUCGAAUAGCCUGGUGUAAAAAGUGUUCACUUGUUUACUGUUUUAUCAGCGUUUACUUUUUUGCUCUAAUACAUAUUAUGCAUGUGCAUGUACUUAUAAAAGUGCUACCCCAAAAAUUUGGUCAUAAAUCAAUUGGUUUUGUUCGAGAAAAAAAAUUAACCGCCCCUCUUAAAAUUCUAGUUUUCUUUCUAUGUCCGACAUUUUGCAUUUGUUUCUAACUUUAAGCGAAACUAUUCCUGCUUCAAUAUUCACGUGCCCUAUGUUCACAUAUAGUUUUAAGAUGCUUACUUCUGAUGAAAUGUACUUUUUGUUAAUUCGAUGUAGAAUCCCUUACAUAAUUCACUUAUUGUAGUUACUGGCUUAAACUAGUCACCACUAUGUCAUCGAGUGUAUAAGUAAGGAAGG